AUGUUACUUCCACCACAUUCAAGCCAUUUGUUACAGCCGUUAGACCUAGCUGUUUUUAAAUCUAUAAAAAAUGAAUGGGAUAAAAUAUUAUGCUCUUGGUGUAGAAAUCACCAGGGACAAAAAUUGCCUAAGUCAGAGCUUUCUAAAAUAAUUUGUAAUAUUUGGACAAAGCUUGAUCCACAAAUUAUAAAAAAUGGAUUUAGAAAAUCUGGGAUAUAUCCAAUUAAUCGUACUGUUGUUGAACGUUCCAAAUUUUACCCUCUGAAGCUUUCCAGAUAUGAUGAAAAUUGCCAAUCAGACAUAUUAUUACAUGACUUGUCUUCGACAAGUUAUACAACUACAGCAGAAGAGCCUUCUAAAAGUUAUACAACUACAUCAGUUAAUAUCGAUACUGCAGAAGAGAUUUCUAGAAAUUAUAUAACUACUGAUGUAGCAGAAGGGCCUACAGGCUAUAUUGAUAUUACAGAAUGUUUAAGUGCUGAAAAUUCAACUGUUUCCAGUAAUAAUUCGUUUGAAAUACUUUUACUUAGUUCAAUGAAACAAGCCACAUUUGAAAAACAAACAAAACGAAAAAUCACAGGUGGUGCUUCUGUUAUUACUUCAGGAGAGGCAGUACAAAUCUUAAAAGAAAAAGCAAAUUUAAAAAACAUCCCAAAACAUAAAACUACAAAAAAAAAAAUUGAGAAAGAAUUUUGUACUGAGGGAGGUAUAGAUGAUGAUAUUCAAAAUAUAAUAGACAUAAAUAUUGAUAACUAUAAUGAAGAUCAGAAUUUAAUAUUAUCUGACAAUGAAUGCAACCUAUUAGAUGAUUUAGAACUAGAAGAACAAGAAAUGGCUGAAGAAUCUUAUUUGCAUCGUACAGUAGAUAACAUAGGUGACUGGAUAUUGGUGAAGUAUAUUGUUGGAAACAAGGGGAAAAAAAUCAAACACUUUGUUGGCAUUAUUAAAGAUAAGACGGAUACUAAUCUAAUUGUUAAAUUUGUGAAAUUAAAAAAAGAACUUAAAAAUAGCUCAAUAUUUGUGUAUCCCGUUAUUGAGGAUAUUGAUAAAAAUGUUUUAGUUGAUAAUAUAAGUUGCCGUCUCCCAUUACCUAAAGAGGGAAAAGGGGGUGAAUUAAUAUUCAUGGUAACAUUUAGUCAGUUCAACUUAAAAUAA